AUGUAUCCUGCUCAGGGAGAGUAUGAUGCGAGUAAUUCUUCUUCCACCUCUUCCUUAAUAAAUACCUCAUUUUAUAACUCUAAUGAAAAAUCCUCGGAAAGUUCUGAGAGUGAAGAGUAUGAGACUCUGCCUAAAGAGCCAUAUGAAGAGAAAUACAUCAAGCUUACGUCCGUCAAUGCUCUAGAAUUUUUGCCUGCUGAUAAUUGCUCAGAGGCAUUCCUUUCUGACACUGUUUUGAGCUUUGUCCACAGAGCUACACAUUUGAUUUUUAUUUGGUGCUUUGUUUCAUCCAUUCUUGCUGCUUUGCUAUCCAUGGCAGCGAAAAAUCGGUUGAUUUUAUUAUUCUUCAAUGUUUCUUUGGCUGCAUUUUAUUUCAAAUGCGCCGCGAUCUGGGCUUAUUGCCUUUAUUGUUUUAUUAAAUCUAGCUUACCACUCAAGGAUUUGAUUUCAUAUGCAAAAAAUAUUGCAAUAGUAAUAUGUACCAUACAAGCACUGGAUCAUUUUUCUACACUUGUGAAAUGGAAUAAACCUGACUCAAUGAUCAUCUUCUUUCAUGGUUCGGCAUCUGAUAAUAUUCUUUCUUAUGGCUCUGUCCUCAGCUUGCCUGCUUUUGUCUUGCUUGAACAAUUUUAUAUAGCUUAUCAAAGAGAGAAUUUUCGCAAGCGUGCUUUACUCAAAGAUGAACGCGAUAAUGCUCAAAGGUCGGUAUAUAUGGCGAUAGAUCGAUUCAGUGAACGAAAAGGAUUAUAUCUUCGCACCAUAUCGGAUCAGUUACAGCAAACAACCGAACUGGCUAUGGAUAUACUCAAGCAGUUGUCACCUUCUCAUUUACUAACAAAACCCCAUGAACAAUUAUCAGCUUGUUCAAUUUCUUUUCCUACGGCCUCGAUAAGCGCGAUUUACACCACGAUAAAAGCAAUUAAUUAUAUUUCUUCACAUCUGGGAACGCUUUCUUUUCUAAUGUUUUCCGAGCCCAACAAUCCAGAAACUACUCACGUGAAACGUGAGUUUGACAUCGGUGAAUUGAUACAAUAUGUUGCCGAUUCGCUCGCCGGUGUUGCUUCUCGUGCAAAUGUUGAAUUGGUUGUUUAUCAUAUUGAAUAUGAGUAUAGUUUGAGUCACCUUAACGUCGUUGGUGAUGAAGCCGCUUUCAGACACGUCCUCUUGAGUCUAAUUAAAUGUAUACUUAGUGGGGCAAGCCCGGGUGCCUGCAUAGAAUUAAGUCUUCAAGUGCGAACAUCCGAGGAAUCUGAUUCUUCAACUCAAAAAAAGCGUGUGAUUAACCCUAAUGACAAAGUUAUUUGCACGAUUGAAAUCAUUCAUAACCUUGGCUCAAACGCUUCUGGACAAUUUAUAUGUCCUGAUGCAAACUUGACGCACAAAGUAUUGAACUUCUUGGGCGCUACCCUUAAUUCUAAUGAAGAGCAUGGUCAACAACGAUUUAAAAUCACUUUAGAACUGAAUGCAGGGUCACCUCUUACAAGUUCGAACACACCUGAGGAGAUACGUCGUCGUUAUCCACAUUCACGUAUUACAGGCGAGCCCUCUUUUGAGGAACUCAAAAAAACAACACAAAGCAUGCGAGGACAAAAAGUUGCACUACAUGCAACCAGUAAUAGUUUCUUUGCAAAACGCAUAACCAGUUGUUUGACUACUUGGGGUACGGAUAUCUCGCAUGUUCCAAUAGGAAGUGAAAAUGAUUUAGAGACAUGCUCUCAAAGUGAUUCACCCGUGGACUCCGGGUCCGGAACACCUGUCGAAGGCCCUAAAUCUGCACCAGUACAAAACAAUGAAUUAAAAAUACCACCAGCAAAUUCUUUACCCCCUAAAUUUAUCAUUAUAGACGAUGAUAUUGACACUUUAAAGCAACAAUUAUCACAACUUAGAAACGCACCUUUUUCGGGUGGCAUAAUCCCAUCGACAAAUCAAAAACAAGUUCGCAAUAAACGUCAAAUGCAAGCACCCACGCUUCCACAGCAAACAACAGCGGUGAUUCAUUUCACGUCUCUUACCAAUUACAAGCAUGUAAAGGAUACCAUUCAAUGUUAUAUAGUUUCUCCAACUACCGCUGGUUCAUUCGCAUUGCCUCAGGUUUUGGUAAUACCUAAACCCGCAGGCCCGAGACGGUUUAUCACUGCUCUUCAUACAACCAUAAAUAGAAUAGUUGUAGAUCCGGUCUAUAUGCCAAUCGCCACAUCACCUAUGAGUCCAGGUUCGCAAUAUUAUACCGACACAGAAGUUAAUCCAAUGGAUCAGAUAACAGAGUCGCUUAAUGACAACUAUUUUCUACCGGACCAUGCAUCAGCACGGCCAUCCACACCAUCUGUUAGUGGUUCAAAUCGGACUACACCCAGUUCUAAUCCAUUGAGCCCCAAGCCUAGUCGUGUAGUGGUAGUUCCCCCUAACCCAGAUAAAAAUAGUCCAAAGGUGACUGGCAGCGCAAACGAUGGUCCAAUAUUGGCUAGUCCAGGUCAAACGCCCCAAUUAAGAAGAGGCGUGCCAUAUCAACCUGUCAAACCUUCAUCUCCUGAUGUAGAAGUUCCUGGUAACAAUGCUAUUCCAGAAUCAAUUCCUAAUGGUGCUAAUGGUGAUAGUCCUGGUAUUCCGAGUGUUCCUAUAUCACAACCACCGACACCUCAGCAACCAAUUCCUCCUGCACAAAGUCCGCCAAUACCAACUCGGAAAAAAGGGAAAACACCAGGAAAUAGGAUAUUUGGGGAUAAAUCUAAUCCUUAUUAUGUGAUUCCAAUUAAUGUAUUAAUUGUAGAAGACAAUCCAAUCAAUCAAGCAAUUUUAUCAACAUUUAUGAGAAAGAAGAAUAUCAAAUACGAAUGUGCUUCUAAUGGUCAAGAAGCCGUUGAUAAAUGGAAAAAAGGAGGAUUCCACUUGAUCUUGAUGGAUAUCCAACUGCCAGUAAUGGAUGGAAUAGAAGCUACGAAAACAAUCAGACGCCUAGAGAAAUCACAAAAGAUAGGUGUCUUUCCUUCUACACCACCAGCAUUUCCAACCUCAUCACUACCGUUACCAGAUUCAUCCGUUACAUCCUCUACAUCCGCACCUGCAUCAACGUCUACUCAAGAACCGCCUGAUACACCUGCUUUAAGUUCACCAGUCAUCAUAAUGGCCCUAACAGCAUCAUCGUUACCAUCAGACAGGCAAAUCGCUCUGGCCGCAGGAUGUAAUGAUUUUCUGACAAAACCUGUAAGUUUGGAAUGGUUGGAGAAAAAGAUUAACGAAUGGGGAUGUAUGCAGGCCUUGAUAGAUUUUGAAGGAUGGAGAAGGUGGAAAAAAGUUGGAGAGGAAAUACAGAUGAGCGGAUUCUGA